GCCUCUGUUACUCGUGCAGGUGAUGACUGUGUAUCCAUACAGACUGGAUGCUCAAAUGUAUACAUACAUAAUGUGAACUGUGGGCCUGGACAUGGAAUCAGCAUUGGAGGGCUAGGAAGGGACAACACAAAAGCCUGUGUGACAAACAUUACUGUCCGAGAUAUCAUGAUGCACAACACCAUGACCGGUGUCAGAAUCAAGACAUGGCAGGGUGGGUCUGGUUCUGUACAAGGAGUACUCUUCUCAAACAUUCAGGUUUCUGAAGUUCAACUUCCCAUUGUAAUUGAUCAAUUCUACUGCGACAAGAGCACAUGCAAGAACCAAUCAUCAGCAGUUGCACUGUCAGGCAUCACCUAUGAGAAAAUAAAAGGGACAUACACAGUAAAACCUGUACACUUUGCAUGCAGCGAUAGCUUACCAUGCAUAGACGUUACUCUAUCCAACAUAGAGCUACAACCAAUUCAAGAACGUUAUCACAUGUAUAACCCCUUCUGUUGGCAGACCUUUGGUGAGUUGAGUACUCCCACUGUCCCCCAAAUUGACUGUCUGCAGAUUGGCAAGCCAUCAAGCAACCGGAUUCAAUCUGAUUAUGAUUCUUGUUGAGCCAAGCGUAGGAUAUGACGGUGUUUUCAUGUGCGGUUGUGAAUUCCAACCCCUUUACACCAUUUGUCGUUACUCACAAAGUAUAUAUUUAGGUGACAAGUCUAUGGUAAUUCUUAUCACUAGGAGACUACAGUGAUUCCCAUUUAGAGGGAGUAUACAGGGCAUUGUUAUUUGCUAGACUUCUACAGUACAGAGCAUAAAGCAGCUUCCUUGCUAGGGUGGAUUUCACCAUUAUUUGAUAGUAUACAAAUGUUAUGUUUGCCAGAUGUAUAAUAUUUAGAUUGCAACAUAUAUUGGAUUUCACCAUCACUACAGAAUAUAGUAAUAAUACAUGCCUGUUUUACUAAA